AUGGGAUCAACUGAUUCCGGAGGAGUUACUUGGGAAGUGGAUGCGGUGGCGAGUUUAUUCAAACAACUGGACCAGAUUAGCAUUCCGCGUUGCUACUUUCCGCAACGUUCGGUGAAAGAUAUCUUGUCGCUGCAACUGCAUAUCUACGUGGAUGCUAGCGAAGAAGCUUAUGCGUGUGUCGCUUACUUUCGGGCGGUAUUUCCGGAUGGGAUUUCUGUUGCGUUAGUCGGUGGGAAAUCCAAGGUAGCUCCACUGAAGGCAAACUCCAUCCCACGGUUGGAGUUGAUGGCAGCGGUAAUCGGAGUACGCUUGAUGAAGACCGUCCUCACUGGGCACUCGCUGGUAGUCGAGAAGACAGUGUUAUGGUGUGACUCUAAGACGGUGCUGGCAUGGAUAAGUUCAGAUCAUCGAAGAUAUCGCCAGUUCGUUGCUUGCCGAGUGGGUGAGAUUUUGUCCAAGUCGGAGGCGAAGCAAUGGCGUUGGAUAUCAUCGAGAAAGAACAUCGCCGACGAUUCGACAAAGUGGGGAAAAGGGCCAUGUUUGUCCUCAGGCGGCCGUUGGUUCCGUGGUGACAAGGAUUUAUAUUUGCCAGAAGAUCAAUGGACCGUAGAUGCAGAUUCAGUCGGCGCGACGACCGAUGAAGAGCUGAGGUCGUGUUUGGUGCACAAGGAGGUUAUCGUACCACCACAACUUUGUGAGCAGUAUCCGGACGAAGUGGCGACAUUGUCAGCAAUGCGGGACAAGCAGCCGGGACAACAGGCGCGGCUGGAGAAAACCAGCAAAAUAUACAAACUGUCUCCGUACUUGCACGAAGCAGGUGUUAUUCGUUCUGAUGGAAGGAUAUCUGCUGCGACCGUCGCCGCGUUUGACACUAAGUCUCCAGUAAUAUUGCCGAAGGCCCAUCCAGUGACUAGACUGCUGGUUGAAUGGUACCACCAACGAUUUCUUCACGCCAAUGGCGAGACUGUCGUGAACGAAGUGAGACAGCGUUUCCACAUAUCGCAGCUGCGCCCGUUCGUGCGUAAGGUGGCUAAAGAGUGCGCCUUGUGUAAAGUCAAGAAGCCAGGUCUGGCGACACCACGAAUGGCUCCACUCCCGGCGGCCAGGUUGCAGGCGUACGUACGUCCAUUUUCCUACGUAGGCGUCGACUAUUUCGGGCCGAUCGGCGUGCGGGUGAACCGAAAUAUUGCAAAACGAUGGGUAGCUCUGUUCACGUGUAUGACCACACGAGCAAUUCAUCUCGAAGUCGCUCACACACUUUCAACGGAAUCUUGCAAGAUGGCGAUCAGGCGUUUCAUCGGACGCAGAGGAGCACCUGUGGAGAUCCGCAGCGACAGGGGCACAAAUUUCGUGGGAUCGAGCAACGAACUUAAGCAGGAGAUGGGCAAAAUCGAGCGCCAGCUUGCCGAAACGUUCACCAACGCGAACACGAAAUGGGUGUUUAACCCACCUGGAUCACCUCACAUGGGUGGCGCCUGGGAGCGUCUAGUGCGGCCGGUGAAAACCGCUCUUGCUGCAAUGGAGUCUUCUCGAACGCCGAGUGUGGUCAAUUCGAGACCGCUAACAUAUAUUCCUCUGGAGACGGCGCAACAGGAGGCUCUAACACCGAACCACUUUCUUCUAAUGAGCUCGAGCGGUGUAACGCAGACUCCGAAGCGGCUUACGGAUCCAAGACAAGCCUGCAGGAACGACUGGAAUAUAUGCCGUACAAUGGUAGAUCAGUUUUGGCGCCGGUGGGUGCGGGAAUAUCUUCCUACCAUCGCACGUCGUACCAAGUGGUUUGAGGAGACGAAACCGAUCGAGGUAGGAGAUUCGGUGAUCAUCGUGGAGGAGAAGAUACGCAACGGAUGGAUUCGAGGACGUGUAGCCAAGGUCGUGGUGGGCCGAGAUGGGCGAGUUCGCGAUGCCGUGGUGCAGACUCCCGACGGAAUGGUGCAUCAACCUGUAGCAAGGCUGGCGCGGAUCGACAUAGAAAAGGUGGGGCUUCAGCUGGGAACAGCAGAAGGUAAAGCUGAACCGGAGAUAGCUGACCAGCCUUACGGGUUGGGGAGUGUUACGGUAUGUCCCGCUGAUCCCUUCAACCAACUCCACGGUCGACCACCUGUCGGUGAAGGACAAUUUUGA